AUGCAUUCUAUAAUUAAAUCAAUAAUCAAAUUUAAAAAUAAAAUCAAUCAAACAAAAAAAGAAUCUAAUGAACAAAUUAUUCAUUCAAAACAUCAAUUUAAUUAUUCAAUAAAUAAUAAUGAAUUACAAAAAAAUAAUAAAAAUAAUAUAAAAACAACACGAAAAUCAUUAAUCAAUAGAUUACAUAAUAGGCAAUCCUCAAAUGAAAAAUCUAUAAAUCAAUAUAAUAAUAAUAAUAAUAAUCAAUUAUGGAAUGAUCAAGAUGAUCAUUUAAAUGUAUUAGAUAAUCAUCAACAAAUUAAUGAUCAACUUAUGACAUCAUUAAAAUUAAUUAAUAAUCUUCCUAAUUAUGAAGAUUUAGAUCAUGAUCAUAAUGAUGAUUAUCAAGAAUAUAAACAAACUAUACAACAAAUUAAUUCUAUCUUAUCAAAUUCAAUAAUCAUUAAUCCAAAUUAUACAGAAGAAGAAUUAAAUAAAGAACUUGAAAAAUUAUUAACAGAAAAUUUUAACAAUAAUAAACACUUAGAAGAAGAUGAUACGGAAAUAUUUAUGGAAUGGAUCAAUUAA